CUAGUGUUGGAUAGAUACUUAGGUUAGUAAAAUUUUAUAAUACAACGUGUCGGUCUCUACGGCGGUCCAGGUCUUCUAAAGAAUCUAGGGAUCCAGUUCAGACGAGCGAGCGCAUCAUAUUCGGCUCACUCAGUAUGCCUAUACUCCAGAUAUAACUUCGUUGACUCCGAAAAUGCUGAAACUGACAUUUCUCAGGGUUCGUGGCAACAAAUUCAUACAAUUUGUCGAAAAAUGCGCUUCACCGCCGAGAAAUCAGUAGUACGUGUGUUGUCCUUCAAACUUUGGAUUGUUCAUAAGUGUCCGUGCUAGCCGAGUGAUUAAUUAAAUACACUUAUCUUGUAAAAGAGUGCGUGCAUGGUGUUGUGUUUUUUAUAAAUUGACGAGUAUUUCCUCGCGUCCUGUUGUUACCGUCGCCUAUCAAGAAAAGACAAAAUAGCCUAACAUCUAGGCACGCUACAAAAGAGCCUCGUUAAGUACAAGACGAUUCUUUCAAGUUGCAUCCUCCAGCACUUGGGCGAUGCUUAGAGACUCACAUAUCAGGUACUCAGUACCUUACCUGCUUGUGUAGUGAACACUUUUCAGAGAAAAGCGGUGGUGGUGUAUCCAAGUACUUGUAUACUUGGGUAUACCCAGAAGCAAAACUAUUGAAACGAAACGAGUGUCAACUCUUGCAUCUUGGUUAAAAGAGUAUAUAGUUUAUAACAUAAUUCGACAAAAUGGCAUGCAAGCCAACAAGUCCCAUGAAAAUCAUGGUGUUUCGACCUACCAUGGAAGAGUUUUUGGAUAUGUCGAAAUAUGUGAAAUAUAUGGAGAGUCAAGGAGCCCACAAAGCUGGUGUUGCUAAAAUUAUUCCGCCAAAAGAAUGGGUGCCUCGGAAACAGGGAUAUAAAAUCGAAGACAUGGAUUUGAUGAUCCCCUCUCCUAUAACUCAAAUGGUAAAUGGCAAACAAGGAAUUUUUCAACAAUUCAACAUACAGCGUAAAUCAAUGAGCGUACAAGAAUACGAAAAGCUUGCCAAUUCCGAAAAGCAUAAAACUCCCAAGCAUUUUGACUACGAAGACUUGGAACGAAAAUAUUGGAAAAAUAUCACUUAUGUGAAUCCUGUAUACGGAGCAGACGUGUCGGGCUCUUUAACAGACGAUGAUGUUAAAGAAUGGAAUAUACAGAAACUUGGGACAAUACUUGAUUGCGUCGAAAAAACAAUCGAGGGCGUAACCACGGCCUACCUGUACUUUGGGAUGUGGAAGACAACAUUCACCUGGCAUACCGAAGACGAAGAAUUAUAUUCUAUAAACUAUCUUCAUUUUGGUUCACCCAAGACGUGGUAUGCCAUUCCUCCUGAACAUGGGAGACGUUUUGAGCGCUUGGCAAGUGGUUUCUUUUCAUCGGCAUCUAAAAGCUGCGCAGCUUUCUUACGACACAAGAUGUCACUAAUUUCACCUCAAGUUUUAAAACAAUACUCAAUUCCAUUUGAUAAGAUUACCCAAGAGGCAGGAGAAAUUAUGAUUACUUUUCCGUAUGGUUACCAUGCGGGUUUUAAUCAUGGUUUCAACUGUGCAGAAUCGACAAAUUUUGCUACGGAACGGUGGAUUGAGUAUGGGAAGAGAGCUGUUCACUGCACUUGCAGUACCGACAUGGUCAGAAUUUCAAUGGUACCAUUUGUCAAACGAUUUCAACCAGACAAAUAUGAACUAUGGAUUUCUGGAAAGGACAUUGGAUAUCAUCCCGAAGAUCAUACUAAAAAACUAGCUGCUCCCCAACCUUGCAAAGAAGAUCUUAUUGCUGAUGGUGGUAUCAACGUCAUACCGAAAAAAAAUUCUAAAAGACAUACUAUUCAUCAGAAGAAGAAGAUUCAUUCACUCAGUCAAAUGUUACCAGAAAAUGAAAAAUUAUCAGGUAUCAAUGAAGCCAAAGGUCUAGACAAUGGCUUUAAUCAUGAAAAAAUUAAAAAGAGAAAACGAAAAUCACUCAUUGAUUCCAAGAAAAGUAAAUUACCUAAGCUGAGUGAUGUUGAUGGUACUGAAACAGUUAUAGUAAAAGAAAAUUCGAAGAAAAGAGGUGUAUUUAGUGACUUUACAUCGAUGAGUAUACCAAAAGUAUUACAAAAGUUGCAUUUCUCUAAGGCACGUCUUAACCAGAUAAGGAAAAUAAGAAAAAUAAAAACACACUUAAAUCAAUAUAAUGAUGCAAAGUUGAAAGAAGAAGUAAUGUUGCCCAAAGAGGAAGCUUUAACGGGAACACUUCCUUGGAUGGCCCUGCCAGAGUUUAAAAUUUCGGGAGGCCCAGCGAGAGAUCCUCUCACGUCUGUAUACGGGUAUGGUAUCAAAAAAAAUUCAUUAUUGGAGUAUCAGCAACCAAUAAAAGAUGAUGUUAAAAAUGAAGAAUUACAAGACAUUAACACCAAGGAGAUUGAUUUAUCUGAUUCUGCUGCACUUCGGCAAUUUUUAAACAAAACUCCUAACGUCGAUGAUACAACAAUACCACCUACAAAUGUUCCUUUAGAAAGUGAAAUAAGUUUUCCGCAUCCCGAAGUAAAGACUGCUCCGUGUGAGAAUGACGAUGAUAAAGUAUUUUCUGCCAAUGAUUGGCAACAACAUAUUGAUUUUAGGAUUAAAAAAGAAACGAGUUUGAUAAAAAAAAUUAAAAUACCUAAAAUUAAGGCACACAAAAUUUCAAAACCUAUCAAUAAAAAACCGACCGCUAAAAAAAAUCUUAUUAAACCUCCUGUUUUGAAUUUUAAUGUUCCGAUAUUACAAGAGGAACAAAAAAAUACUCCAAAUGAAUCUCCAGUACAAAUAUCACACCAAGCGUGGCCUCUUGCGCCCAGCGACAAAUCGCCAGUGAAAAUAAACAGUAUUUUCGGUUCAGAUGUUAACCAGCGUCGGGAGUUGUCUGGAUUUGGGCAGCAAAGCACUUUGUCACAUCCAUUUCAAAGUCAACAUUCCGACAUAAAUUCAAUAAAUAACGAUCAAGUGACUAAAAACUCUUGUCAAACGAGCAAUCAAGCUCUUUACUUUUCAAAUAGCGAAGAUUGUACUUUUAGCCAGUUGAAAAAUCCGAUGGUGAAUCCAACAGAAACAAACUGUAAUCCAACUGCUGAAAAUUGUAUUUACAAGAGCGCAACUGUUGAAUCUCAGUGUUUCCGAGAUACGAAUAGAGGAUCACCUACGGGACUUAUGGAAAUCAAUUCAGGAGUGCUCUUCGGAGAAGACAUGUCAUUCAACAAAUUGCCGUUGACAAACGUAAACGAAGCCGAAACGUUAUUUACAAAUCACAAGCAAACAAAUAUAUGUUUCUCAGAUCCACAAAGUUUAAAAAAACACUUGAAUGUACCCUUAUUUCCGGGAUCAUCAGUGGAAGUUUUAAACUCUAGUCAAUCAAAAAUUACAACAGGAACACAAGUCGACUUGUUACCAUCCCACUUAGUGUCGAAUCACGAACUAUCCAUCACAUUGAUACCUAAAAAUAAAAACACAUCUGAUAUUAGUAAAAAUACAUUGAAACGCAAAAGGGUAUCGAGAAAAUCUGACGUGCCAAACAAAUUCAUUGACCCGUAUGAUACAGAGAUUACUGUGAUACCGAAAAAAUCUCGUAAAUCGAAAAAACACUCUAUUUCGAAAUUCGAACGAAGUCAUGAAAAUGCAAUUGAUAAAUUCGACAAUUUAGCUGUACCACAUUUGGAUUUCGGUAUGUCAAUGAAUAAAGAAUCAGCAGAAGACAGUCGAAAAAAUUCUUCAGUAGAUAAUCGUGAUGUGUUGAAAAGUAAUCAGUUUACCGAAGAUAACAAUGUAGGAAAUGUAAAGAACCAUGUAGAAAAGCCGAAAAGCACUGAAAAGAAGACUAAAAGUAGUAUUCCAAUCAUGGACGAGCAUGUCAAGCCAAUGUUAUAUCCGCAUCCUACCGAUCUCAACACAUUGCAGUCAUUUAAUAAUUAUUGGAGUGCACACUUACCCCACUGUGCAAUAUGUGCUGGUUUUACGUUGAGCGAACAUAAGGGUAGUAAACCAAUGUCGCGAGAUUGGCAACAAUCGAAGCCCACUGUGUUACCUGAGAGCUCACCGAUUUGGGUUUCGACAGAACUGUUUGUUGCAAAUUCUUUAGAACAGAAGACAGAGCCAGAAAACAAUAAAUUAUUAAGAUGUAGAAAUUGCCAAGUCACAGUACAUGCUUCUUGCUAUGGAGUUACAGUAUUACCUUCAGAUGUACAUAAUUGGGCUUGUGAUAUUUGUCUAUUUGGAAAACAAUCUAUUAUGUGUUGUUUAUGUCCGAUGCGUGGUGGAGCUUUAAAAAGAACAAGUGACAGUCAGUGGGCGCACGUGCUUUGCGCGCUUCUCUUGGGUGCCAGGUUCAAGGAUCCUGUCAAAAAAGAACCCAUAAACGCAUUAUCCGUUAGUCGACCUGCCGUCGAAUUCGAAUGCUGCUACUGUAGACAGUGUAACGGAGCAUCCCUCAAGUGCUCCAAGCAAAACUGCAACGCUCACUUUCAUCUCACGUGCGGUCUCGCGAGCGGUGCGUCUCUUGUAACACCUGCCGACUCACAAUCACAAAUAAAGGUGCUUUGUAGCAGACACCGUGUUAAGGACAAAAUUCCAAUAAGGCAAGGAGAAUUUGUUUAUGCAAAACAUAAAAACCUGAGGUACUAUCAAGCAGAGGUAGUGUCAAUAUCAGACCAAAUCUUCUUUGGAGUGAAUUUCAAGGAAGGAACCUUGUGCGAUGAUUUGCCUCCAGAAGACGUUGUUAAUUAUAAAGCUGGAAUGACGCUGACAAAAGGAACAGAAAUAGAGGUGAAUUGGAACAAUAGUGGCAUUUUCCCAGCAAUUUUCGAAAGGAUAAAUCAUGAAAUCAUGUACACUAUUUUAUUCGAAGAUGGUUCCAAACGUUCAUUAAAACGGAAUCACGUUUACAGUUUAGAAGAUGAGUUACCAAAAAGAGUGCGAUCGCGAAUAUCAGCAGCCACGGAAAUGCAGCAUCGAGGGCAUCUGUACGGAAAUGAAAACGGUGAUGAGAUGCAAAGGAAAGUAAAACCACCGAAGAGAUUAUAAAAUUACCAAAAGUUCGAGGCCAUUUUGCGCUUUUUUAAAAUCCUACAUUAAAAGUCAUUUUUUAAUUUCUGUACAAUUUAUAGCUAGUUAAAUUUCUAUUUAUAAGCCAGUCAAAGGCUUGUGUUAGUAAGAUAUCAGGUGACCCAACUAAUGUGUUCACCAUAGUUUUUGCUCGCAUAGUAAAGUGGAAUGUUCUUAAUAAAGGCGGCUUGUAGGUUAAUUUUUUAUGAGAAUCACGAUGCUGCUGUCGGAUUCUCAAUUUAAGCCUGUUGAAAAUUUUUUUCAACUUUUACGGUUUUAUAAUUGAUCUGCGGCUUUUAUUGCGACGAAGGUAAGAUCAUCCAGUUUUACCUGGAAACGAUUUUUGGAAGAUAAAAAUAAUAUUUUUUAUGAUUUAACAUUAAAAUAACAUCAAACUACGGUCGUACGAAGCCCUUCACUUGUCGUACAUGGUAUGGUACACUGUAAUAAUUAGUUGUUUGUCCCGGUAUCAAAACAGUACAAUAAUUUAAAACUAAAUACUAUUCAAUAAGUGAUGGCUGAUUAUUGUAAGUGCAUUUUUUAUUACCUCAUACAGUAUCACUUGUUUAUCGUUAAAGUUCAUAUGUAUUAGAAAAAAACCAUGCUUGAGACAUUAGUCGGUUCACCCAAUAUAGUUAAUUAUAAGACACAAUUGUACAAAUGCAGAAAGUACUGUACCAGAUUUUAUGUUUAGUCAAUUUAAGAAGUUGUAUCGUUUAUUUUUUAUGAACGUUUCUAUAACUUGAGUAAAACUUGUAAAUUUAUGGCGCAAAAGAUAAAAACGAUUGUGAAAAGUGAUUUAUGUUAAUUGUAUUUCUACUAUCAUCGUAUAAAAUAGUUGUAUUUGUACGUAGACUAUGAAUUUAAUGAGUUGAUAAUUUGAAUGAAUUUUUUUUAUCAAUAAGUUGAUUGUUUGAAUGUGCGUAAACCCUAUUUCUUACAAGAAUAAUUAAAUCUCGUGGGAGUGUGUGCAGAAUAUUAUUAAAUAUAAACUGAUAGCAAAAUAAAGUCAUUCUGCAAGUAUGCAGAUUUACUGUAGAUACACGUCGAGCGCUGUGCACACACGUAUAUUUGUAACAAAGUACUUGGCUUGCUUGUAUAGAGCACCAUCGUUAAUAAGUAAAUAUUAAUACAUAUAUAUAUAUAUAUAUAUAUAU